AAUUUUAAAGAAAUAAUGAAAAACGGAAAAAAAGAAGGAGAAGAUUCUCGUUUUGUUUGUUUCGAUCACAUCCGCUUUUGGGUUGGAAAUGCUAAGCAGGCUGCUCAUUGGUAUCGUAUAAAUUUUGGUUUUAAAACAUUUGCAUAUAGAGGACUUGAAACUGGGAGUAGAAGAACAGUAGCCCAUGCAAUAAAGCAGGGAAAAAUAAUUUUUGUUUUUGAAUCCCCUCUUUUGCCAAAUAAUGAAGAAAUUGGGAAACAUUUAAAUAAACAUGGAGAUGGUGUAAAAGAUGUUGCUUUUGAAGUAGAUAAUUUGGAUUGGAUAGUUGAACAAGCAAAAAUAAAUGGAGGGAAAAUUGUUGAAGAUGUAACUGAAGAUACGGAUGAAAAUGGAUCUGUUAGGGUGUAUGGAGAUACAGUCCACACAUUAAUUGAUCGAAGUAAAUAUCGUGGAGUGUUCCUUCCCGGAUUUAAACCAGCAAAUGAGGAAACAGAAAAUGAAUUUAAUUUUCCUCAACCAGAACUGAAGUUUAUAGAUCAUUGUGUGGGAAAUCAACCAGAUUUGACUAUGGAAAGUGUGGCACAAUGGUAUGAAAGAGUACUUGCUUUUCACCGUUUUUGGUCAGUAGAUGAUUCUGUUAUUCACACAGAAUAUUCGGCCCUCCGUUCAAUUGUAAUGGCAAAUAAAGAGGAAACAAUAAAAAUGCCUAUAAACGAACCAGCAAAAUCAAGAAAAGCAGUCUCUCAAAUACAAGAAUUUGUUGAUUAUUAUGGAGGGGCCGGUGUUCAACAUAUUGCUUUAAAUACUUCAAAUAUAAUUAAAGCAAUUGAAUCACUUAAAUUUAGAGGAUUACAAUUUCUUUCUAUUCCAGAUUCUUAUUAUUUAAAUUUGAGGGAAAGAUUAGAAGCUGCUAAAAUGAAAAUUGAAGAAGAUAUUAAUAUAUUACAAAAACUAAAAAUUCUUGUUGAUUUUGAUGAGAAUGGUUAUUUACUACAAAUAUUUUCAAAACCCUGUCAGGACCGCCCAACACUUUUUAUUGAAAUAAUUCAACGUCAUAAUCACCAAGGAUUUGGAGCUGGUAAUUUUAAAGCAUUAUUUGAAUCAAUUGAAACAGAACAAAAUGAAAGAGGAAAUCUUUUUUAUGAAAAUGUGGAGAAAGGAGGGAAGAAAGUUGAUAAAAUAUAA